AAAUGAUGUGAAGCAAAUGUUUAGUUGAGCUUGUCAUUUAGUUCUAAUAUAUUUUAUCACUAGAGACCUAUAUUCUAAGACCCCUAAGAAAUAGGAAAUGGUGUAGGAUAGAAGAUGCCCUUAGUCCAAAUAAAGUUAUGCCUGUAAAUAUGCCUAAUAGAGAUUUUUAAAAAAUUGUAGAAGACUUUCUAGAAUUCUUUAUUAGUAGAUAUUUGGUAGGAAUUCUUUAGAGUAUAAGUGGACAAAUCCUAGCUUUUAUAUCAAAUAAAUCUCUAUCGUCUUUUAAGAAGAUAACCUAAUAUAAAUAGAAGUAGAAAUUUCAUUUGUAAGCAUGCAAAAAAAUCAUAUUAUGACUUUGUAUUCUAAAAAACCGUAUUAUUCUCCCUUUUAUAUAAACAACUUUUUUAUUUAUAUUGCAAAGGUAAAAAAGAGAGUCCUAAUUUAUAUUUGAUGGCAACGUAUCUGUCUGAUGAAAAGUGAUAUCGUAUAAUCAUAUAUAUUCAGCAACCGCCGCUGCCGCCAUGGUUUCAAAGAAAAAUAUAUAUUCAGCAACCGCCGCCACCGCCAUGGAUUCAAAGAAAAACGUAAAAAUCAACGACAACCAGUUGAGGGAGAUACUCGUCCACCUGCCUCCAAAAACCCUUUUCAAGUUCAUGACCGUCUCCAAGAGGUGGAAAUAUCUCAUCAACGAUCCUACCUUUCUUAAGUUCCAUAACAACAAACAACGGCGCCGCUCCUCCAUCGUCGCCGGAGAGGACAACGGUCAUCUGCUGGCACUGUUCCAAUUAACAACCAAACACUUGUCUAGCAGAUACCGCCGCCAUCCUUCGGAACCCCUAAUGAACAUCCUCGUCGUUAUUCCCGCCGGAAAUCCCGAAAUAAUGUGCGUCGAAAAGGAACUAGGAUACUUCAUCCACUCCUCUGAGGGUUUAGUCCUCUGCGGCCGCCACCCGUCCACCUACCACAUCAUGAACCCGGUGACCAAAAAGUGGGUCCCACCGCCACCGCCGUCACGUCGUCGUUUCAACCAACAAUACUCUCGUGAUUGGACGAUCGGAUUGAUGGCCACCGCGUGGGAGGGGACAACAGCUACAUAGUCGUUCGAGCUGCCGUGACGGAUGAUCCCGACCAUCCAUUGCCCAUCGAGACCUACUCAUCGACGACCGGCGAGUGGGUCCCAUCGACGCUCGUUGGCACGGGGAUUCGUCCAAUAUGAAUUUAAUAGGGGAAACAAAGAUGAAGGGAAAUAACUUUUACUUUUGCAAUUUUGUAUUCCUGUGUUUAACUAAAUAAUUUUACUUUUGUUUGGUUAAAUCGGUUAUGAUUAACUAAAUAA